AUGCUUCUCCUUGAAUACCACAAUCUCCUGCUAAAGUCAAUCCUGACGGAGCGUUUCAAUAGUGCAACCCCCGCCUCAAUUGACCAGGUCAUCUCCGACUUCGACGGAGUUACUUUCCACAUCUCAACCCCGGAAACAAAAACCAAGAUACUUGUUUCUAUCUCUGUCAAAUGCUUCUCGGAUCUUGUUCAACACGGAGCGCUGGGAGUUCUAGAGCGAGAGUACGCUGGACUCAUUACCGACGUUGAAGCUGGCUAUGACUUCUCCUUAAUCGUGGAUCUAGAGAAUCUCCCGGCAGAGCCAGAGGAGAAGGAGAACCUGAUCCGUCGCAUUUCCCUAUUGAAGCGGAACACCAUGGCCGCACCGUUCGAGAAGGCGAUUGAUGAGCACCAUCGCCUUGCAGAGGCUCAGAAGGGAUUCACUACGGAAACCGCACCAACAGGGGAAGGGACGGAGGUUAUGGUUAUCAGAUACAGAGAGGAGGAGGCUAUGUAUAUCCAGGCUUCCCACGAUCGUGUUACCGUUAUUUUCAGCACUGUUUUUAGAGAAGAGACGGAUAGGAUCUUUGGAAAGGUCUUCCUGUCGGAAUUCGUUGAUGCCCGGCGACGUGCUAUCCAAAACGCCCCGCAGGUCCUGUACCGGAACGAUCCGCCCCUCGAAAUCCGCAAUGUAGCCGGUGUGAAGGAUGAUGGAACCGGUGAAAUUGGAUACAUCACUUUCGUUCUUUUCCCCCGCCAUCUCACCCCCCAGCGACGAGAAGAGUCAAUCUCCCAUAUCCAGACCUUCCGUGACUACUUUCACUACCACAUUAAGGCAGCAAAAGCAUAUAUGCACUCGCGAAUGCGACGCCGUGUCGCGGACUUUCUCAAGGUCCUCAACAGGGCCAAGCCUGAAGUUGAGGAAUCUGAGAAGAAAGAGAAGAAGACUGCUACUGGGAGGAGCUUCCGUGUCCAAGCUUAG